GAUGCAGGAGGAGCUGGCGUGCGAGACCGACUGCUUGCUUCCUCUGGAGAGGCAGCUCCAUGAGGCCGCCCGUCGGAACAACGUCAGCAGGAUGCAGGAGUUGAUUGGGAGGAGGGUUAACACCAGGGCCAGAAACCACGUUGGCAGGGUAGCCCUGCACUGGGCUGCAGGUUCAGGGCACGAGCAGGCUGUGCGUCUGCUCCUGGAGCACGAGGCUGCUGUGGACGAGGAGGAUGCGUUUGGCAUGAAUGCACUUCUCCUGUCUGCCUGGUUUGGCCACUUACGGAUCCUCCAGAUCCUGGUCAACUCGGGGGCCAAGAUCCACUGUGAGAGCAAGGAUGGCCUGACCUUACUGCACUGCGCAGCCCAAAAAGGCCACGUGCCUGUGCUGGCAUUCAUAAUGGAGGACCUGGAGGAUGUGGACCUGGACCACGUAGACAAGCUGGGGAGGACAGCAUUUCACAGGGCAGCUGAGCACGGGCAGCUGGAUGCUCUGGACUUCCUCGUGGGCUCUGGCUGUGACCACAGUGUCAAAGACAAGGAGGGGAACACAGCCCUUCACCUGGCUGCUGGCCGGGGCCAUGUGGCUGUGCUGCAGCGACUUGUGGACAUCGGGCUGGACCUGGAGGAGCAGAAUGCGGAAGGUCUGACCGCCCUGCAUGCGGCUGUUGAGGGGACCUACCUUGACUGUGUGCAGCUCCUUCUUAGGGCUGGGAGCAGUGUGAAUGCGCUCACCCAGAAAAACCUGAGCUGCCUUCACUAUGCAGCCCUCAGUGGCUCAGAGGAUGUGUCUCGAGCCCUCAUCCACGCAGGAGGCUGCACCAACGUAGCUGAUCAUCAGGGCGCCUCUCCUAUGCACCUCGCUGUCAGGCACAACUUCCCUGCCUUGGUCCGGCUCUUCAUGAACUCUGACAGUGACUUGAAUGCCAUGGACAAUAGGCAGCAGACGCCCCUUCACCUGGCUGCAGAGCACGCGUGGCAGGACAUAGCAGAGAUGCUCCUCGUUGCUGGGGUUGACUUAAACCUGAGAGAUAAGCAGGGAAAAACUGCCCUGGCAGUGGCCGCCCGCAGCAACCAUAUCAGCCUGGUGGACAUGAUCAUAAAAGCUGAUCGUUUCUACAGAUGGGAGAAGGACCACCUUUCAUGCAAGGACCCCAGUGACCCCUCUGGGAAGAGCUUGUCCUUCAGGCAGGACCAUCGGCAGGAAACACAGCAGCUCCGCUCUGUGUUGUGGCAGCUGGCCUCUAGGUUUCUGCAGCCCCAUGAGUGGAAGAAGCUGGCAUAUUCCUGGGAGUUCACAGAGGCCCAUGUCUAUGCCAUCGAGCAACAGUGGACAGGCACCAGGAGCUAUCAGGAGCAUGGCCACCGAAUGCUGCUCAUUUGGCUGCAUGGCGUGGCCACGGCUGGUGAGAACCCCAGCAAAGCGCUGUUUGAGGGCCUUGUGGCCAUUGGCAGGAGGAGCCUGGCUGGUAAGAGCGUACUCUGCUGGGCUUCUUCUCAGGAGCUGGCUGGCCCCCACUGUAAUGCAGCAGGGCCCUCCAAGGGCUGCUCAGACAAGCAUGCUGUGAUGCUGGCUCUAGGCCUUCCAGAUUCCUCUCCCGAGCCCUGCCCUCUUUUCCCUUGGGCAAGUGACAGUGCCUCCUGGCUCUGGUUUCCCCAUUUGUGCAACGAGGGUGUUGGCCCAAACUGAGCCCUAUGACCGUCACAGCCCCCGAACCAGUGAUGGCUAUCCAUAAUCUCUUCCUUACUAGCCUUCUAUACCUCGAUAUUUUUUUUUUUUUCCAUUUUGGAAUAAGCCUGGAACCAUCUUCAGACUUCUUUUUCACAAACAUUAAGACAUAGGAACCAAAACUGACUUAAUAUGAGUUGAACCAGUCAAAUCUGGUCAAAUAAACCUCCUGAGGUCAUCACAGCUUAUUUGAGUAUGCCAAUCCCAAAAGCCUGAUUUGGGGUUCAGAGUGUUCUGUGGAACCAUCAGACAAGCAGGAUAGAAGGUUCUAGUACUAAGCCCUUGCUAAAAACAAAAUCAGUUCAUGAUGAAAAAGCCUUAAACGCUGUGAUAUCCAUUGACAUGGUACAUAAUGGGGCAACCACAGAAGGGCUACUAGGCAGUCACUGAUAGUUGUGAAGUCUCCAUUAGUUAUGAGGCAACAAAGAAAACCAUUUCUGACAUAUUUCUAGCAUAUUACUGAGGAAAAUAUUUCUAGCAUAUUAUUGAGGGAAAAAAAGGAACCCCCCAUCCCCCACCACCACCCCAUAACUGCUAUAGGCAAGGUGGAAAAGCUAAGAGGCAUUUCAGGGUAGAGGGAUUAGGGACGCUACCUUUCUUUUCCCAAAAUGUUCUUAAAUAUAGUUGUUGCAUCUUCUUUUAACACAAACUCUGGCAGGCAAUUAAAACAUAAAACCAGCCCUGUGAGGCAGGGCUUAGGUGACAGAG